AGACCAGGCAGCCGAGCUGGACGCUGGCUCUCACCGCGCACAUCUCACCGCGACCAACCCGCCCAGCACCAGAACCGCGUCCCCCCGCUGCUCUGCCUUAUUUAUUUCAUCCUGUCGCCGACUUUCCACCGCAGGCUGCUGUUCCGUAACGAUGAUUUUGAGUUUUUCUUCCCAUCGGACUCCCCGAUGUUGUGCAGUCUACUACACGAAGGCGUGAAUCUUUUUUUUUUUUUUUUUGAGUGAAGAGGUGGAUCUUCCCGGAUACGGCGAGGGGGUUGCUUAUAUGAAAUAAUCAAAAAAGAAAGAAGACUUCCACGGAAAUCCCCACAAAUACAACAUGCCAAGGAGGAAACAAGAAGCGCCGAAGCGCGCCGCAGCCUAUUCUCCCGAGGAGCUGACAGAGCGCACUGUGGAGGAUGAGGAAGCAGAAGCAGACGACCUGCCCUCAGCCCCUCAGGAUGACCUUCCCAUGAAAGAUGAGUUUGUGGAGCAGAGCGAAGGGACUGCCAAGGAGCAGGCAUGUGACCAGGAAUCAGCUGAGGCCACCGAGCUCUCAGGACAAGAGAUGGACAGUGAGUCACAUGUGAGUGAGACCAGCGACCGCCUCUCAGACUUUGAGAGUCCCUCCAGAAAAGUUGAGGGAAACUUGGUCACAGCGUCUCUGAACGCUGGCACUAAGACGCCUCCCAUAGCCAUGGACACCUUAGAGCAGAUGAAGGCUAUCUACUCCAGCUUCCUGACCAGCCCCUUGUGGUCACCACUGAAUUUUAAUUCCACACCGCCGCCAACACAGUCUUCGGCCUCUACCGAGAAGCCGGCUCGCAGCAACAGCACCAGUAGCAGCAGCAGCUGCAGCAGCGGUAGCUAUGACUGGCACCAGUCUGCAGUGGCAAAGACACUACAACAACAUCCUCCUCAGAGCCGUCACCCUCCACAGUCUGAGCCCAGCCUCUUUAGUACGGUCCAGCUCCACAGGCAGAACCCAAAGCUGUUUGGCUCCAUCUUCACCGGGGCCAGUAAAUUCCGCUGUAAGGGCUGCAGCGCUGCGUACGACACCCUGGUGGAGCUGACCGUCCACAUGAACGACACAGGCCACUACCGCGACGACAACCAGGACAAGGCAGGCAGCGGCGCCAAGCGCUGGUCCAAACCACGUAAGCGGUCCCUGUUGGAGAUGGAGGGGAAGGAGGAUGCCCAGAAAGUUUUAAAGUGCAUGUAUUGUGGCCACUCCUUUGAGUCCCUCCAGGACCUCAGCGUCCACAUGAUCAAGACCAAACACUACCAGAAAGUGCCUCUGAAGGAGCCCAUGGCCCCUGUGGCAGCCAAAAUCUUGUCUUCUAAGAAAAGGGGACUGGUGGGGUUAGACCUCACUGCCACGCCACGCUCUAGAGAAGGAACCCCCAAAGCUAAGCACUCGCAGGCAGACUUGAGCGAACCGUCGCAGAAGCCUUCCUCCAGCCCGUACACCACCACCAACAACCGCUACGGCCACCAGAACGGCGCGAGCUACGCCUGGCAGUUUGAAUCCAACAAAUUCCAGAUCCUGAAGUGUAUGGAGUGUGGGAGUUCCCAUAACACACUUCAAGAGCUGCGGACCCACAUGAUGGUGACAGGACACUUCCUGAGGGUGACGAGCUCUGUGGGAAAGAGAAUCAAAACACUUCCCGAGGCCACCUCCCCCAAUCCCGGCAGAGUUACCACACCUACUGAACAGAGGGUCCAGUCUGUACCACUCGCGCCCUCCACCUUCUCUCCUCCGCCUCUUCAAACCACCACAACUCCCCCCGCCACCUCCCCUCCUCUCAAAGAGAUCAAGAAGGAGGAGGUUGAGGAGGAGUGCACGAAGCAAGAGGCUGGACAUGAGAAGCAGGUUGCCGUUACUGUCGGUAAGGAGGAGGACGGGGAGAGGGAGGAAAAAUAUGACAUUUCAAAGUAUAACUAUCUGACUGAAGACGACCUGAAGGAGAGCCCUAAAGGGGGCUUUGAUAUUCUCAAAUCACUGGAGAACACUGUGACAUCAGCCAUCAAUAAGGCGCAGAGUGGGAACCCCAGCUGGGGGGGCUACCCCAGCAUCCAUGCAGCCUAUCAGUUCCCCGGUGCCCUCAAGCUCCAACAGGGCAGCAUGGAAAAGAACUCCCAGAUGAAGUUCUUGUUUAACGGAGGCGACGGAUCGCUGUCCUCCCUCGCUAAGAACCAGCCCCUCAUUUCCCCCCCACUUAGCCAGUCCUCCCCCUUUCCCAGCAACAACUUCCAGGCGAUGGAGGAGUUGGUGAAAAAAGUGACUGAGAAAGUAGCAAAAGUGGAGCAGCGGGUGAAGCAGUUGUCUCCAAAGAGGGAGAACCAACUCUCCCCCUGCAGCAGCGACGCUGGAGAGUCGCACAAGGGAGGAGAGGCUGACUCACCGCGGGAAUGGAGGGAAGUCACUCCAGCCAAUAGCGACAGGGGAAGCCAUAGCGACAGAGCGUCCCCGGCUACGGAGCCCAAGAGAGAAUCAGCAGUCAAAUCCCCACUUGCCUCUACGCUGAGAUGCAGCACUGCUAUUAUCACUGGCCAUACUCCUCCUGAGCAGCCCUUUGUCAACCCUCUAAGUGCUCUUCAGUCAGUAAUGAACAUUCAUUUGGGGAAAGCAGCCAAGCCCUCUUUGCCAAACCAAGAUCCCCUGAGCCUGCUCUCUAGGCUCAGCCAGAGCAUGGCUGAGAAGGCGGCUGUGGCCGCUCCUCCAUCACAGACCAAAAAGACCGAAAGUGUAGCUGAUAAUAGUUUCUUGCAGCCCAGUGAUGACCAGCCUAUGGACCUCACAAAAGGGAAAAGUGACAGAGGAGGCUCUGUAGGCUCAGCCCCCCUCACACCCUCAUCCACAGGCUCCUCCAUCUCCCCCAUAUCUGUUGUUACCCCUGCUAAGCUAACCGUGGUCUCCCCCUACACGUCCAGCAGCCCUCUGCAUGAAAACGCACUGUCUGACAUCUCAGACAUGCUGAGGAACCUGACUCAGUCCCACCAUGUCUCAAAGCCUCCCUCACGAUCCCGGGUCACAGAUAAAACCGAGGUUGUGGGCUCCACCCACGACGACGACGACGCGUCCCUGCACGGUCACAAACGCAAGGGCCGCCACUCCAACUGGAACCCUCAGCACCUCCUUCUCCUGCAGGCCCAGUUCGCCUCCAGCCUGAGGCAGACGUCGGAGGGGAAGUACAUCAUCAAUGACCUCAGCCCACAGGAAAGAAUGCACGUCUCUCGUUUCACAGGUCUCUCCAUGACCACCAUCAGUCACUGGCUGGCUAACGUCAAGUAUCAGCUACGGAGAACGGGCAGGACCAAGUUCCUCAAGAACCUGGACUCCGGUCAGCCUAUAUUCUUCUGUAGCGACUGUGCCUCACAGAUCCGAACCCCGGCAGCGUACGUAUGCCACCUGGAAGCCCACCUGGGGUUCAGAGUCAGGGACCUAGCCAAGCUGUCCCCCAAACAGACUGUCAGGGACUCCCACACUCUCACUGAGAAACUGGUGCCCCUGGAGUCCUUCCUUUCUCCACAAUCACAAGACGACUGCAGCAGUAACGGGGCGGUGUACCGCUGCCAGCUCUGUGUCCGUAAGUUUGCCACUAAGCACGCCAUCAAGCUCCACCUCAGCAAGAGCCAUGGGAAGUCUCCAGAGGACCAUCUGCUGUAUGUGUGUGAACUGGAGAAACAUUAGAUUCCUCGUAGCAGAAGACGUACUGGACAACAUGCGUAGAAUGACUGUUAGACAAAAAACACACACAGAGAAUAUUUGAGAUGUGUGACGGCGCACACAGACGCCAUGAACUGCUAUCAACAUGUCAGCACAAGGUGUUUACAUCUAUUCGGCCUAAAAGCAUUUCUGAUUUCUCUGUAUUUCAAAAGACGUUUAUUUCACACCAGAACAUACUGUAGGUCAGAUAUUCAGCUCCCUCACACAUCCGAGGGCACAUUCUUUCAUGAUCGCGGUGAAACUCUUGACUAGAAGGUCAGCUAUUAACUUGAAAUGUAUUAACUUUAUUAUAUUUAUUUUGUAUUUUUGUGACUUGGGUUCUGAUUUGCUGGUAGACUGCAUGUGUUGCUGUUACAUUUGUACAGUCCUGUCCUGUCCUGUCCAGAUUUUAAAAAUGCCCUUUUAAACUGGUCAUUUUUUAACACCUUAAAACAGCCAAACGCCUGGGAACGCUCCUGAAAAGAAUCUGCCAAACAGCAGAAAUUCAUUGCUUGUUUUUAUAGUUUUCUCUGUACAGCCUAUUGAUUUUCUUGCUGAUUGUAAAAAAGCUGCCUUGUUCUUUAUCAUUGAGUAAGGGGCACUUAAAAUCCAGGUCUGUGUAAAAAUGUACAUAGAGUGUGUAAGCUUACGAUUUGCUGUUUAAAUUAUGCAUACUUGUUAUAUUUCCUAAUUUAAGAGGACUAUGACUAUCCACUGGUGCAGAGCCUUUGAAGAAGAUUAAAAGGACACUGUUUUGCACAAUAGUUUUAUAAAUGUUAUUUGAUAUAAAAAAAAAAAAAACAACCCAAUACAGAUAUGUUAAUGCCUUGUGCUUCUAUGAUUAAAUUGAAUUAACUGCUGCAUAAAAA